UAGCGAAUGGCUCAUCUUCAGCUAUCUCAGCUUCCUCCUGUCUCUCCACUACGUAGCGACUGUAACACUGCCACACCACAUCACACCGCUAUCAAUUCGCACUGUAUCUCUAUCAGCUUAGCAAUUUUUUAGCUUCCCGUCAUGCAUUGAAGAUAUCUCCCAAUUGGCAUUAGAUGGUUCUUUUGCUCAACCUAUCAAGCCAAGAUCAAGCUGAGAACGACUAGACACGAAACCACAAGGUUGAGUCUCGACCAGGCAACAGACAGAUCUCUACCUCAAGUUACUGGAAGAGAAACAGAGUCUGUACCUGAAACUUCGGACGGAAUCUGUAUCUUCACCUGAGAAUCAACGGUGCAUCUUGUCUUUUCUUAGCUCCGGAAUGAUCACUCGGCGUUUUCGGUAUUGAAAUUGAGAUCGACGCUGCUCGUCGCCUUUUUGGUGUGUUUUAGCCCUCUCCUAGCGUCCGCUUUGAACCCUCCGAUCUCUUGAGGCGCAUUUGGCUUGAUUGAUCGAUUUCUCGUAAUGCUACAAACCCUGGUUUCAAGUCUAUGUUGCACACCAACUUGAUGUUGCUCCAGGUCUCUUCCUGUCCGCUCACUAGUUCAUCGUCAAUGCGCUGCAACUACCGUGCACAGCCAGCUGCAAUCCUAUCGGUGGCUUGAGGACCCUGGAUUAGACUUGCUAACUUUAUUCCCACGCAUCAGGUUUCUUGGCAAACCAUUAUGACUUCCUCUGUUGGCCUUGAGAACGUUCUCAACUUUCGCGAUGUUGGCAAAACGGUCAAUGACUUUUUAGGCACAAGGCGAAUUCGUGAGGGUUUGUUCUACCGCUCUGCCAGACCAGAUGAUGCCACUCUUUCAGACAGACAGCUCAUCAGAGAUGAACUGGGUAUCAAGAUGGUCAUAGACCUGAGGACCAAAACCGAGCACCUGAACCAAGCACAACGACGGAAGGAACAGUCCAAUAUUCCUGCUCUCGUUAAGUCCAAUGAAGCUCUUGCUGAACCACUCCAAAUAUCUGGACUGGACUAUCGACAAGUCAAGAUCACAGGACGCCCCUUCGAACUGUUCCUCCUAAGUCAGCUCUCAUGGUGGGACUUCUUCCGUGUGGUGUUCCUGUUUGUUUGUGGCUACCGUACUGAAGCGAUCAAUAUCCUCGGGCAGCAGGUCAUGAUUCCUCGCGGACUUGUAGGCUUAGGCCUUGAUACGAUCGAUCAAUCCACUCGGGAGAUUCGUGAGGCUCUGUCACUUUAUGCCAACCGGGCUGCUCUUCCUUCUAUCGUUCACUGCACUCAGGGCAAAGACCGCACAGGUAAUAAGACCCCAUAUUUCGACUCGUGUUGGAGCUGACUCCUGAAUAGGUCUCAUUUGCGCGCUGGUGCUUAUGAUCCUCGAUGUUCCUGUCUCGGCUAUUGAGUAUGACUAUGCUCUCAGUGACGAGGCCCUUAUUCCCGAACGUGAACAGCGUCUAAUUGAGAUUCGUGAAAUCGGAUUGACAGACGAGUGGCUUCACACUGCGGAUGAUAUGAUUGUUGGUAUCCAAAAACACCUCGAUGACAAAUAUGGUGGACUAAAUGCCUACCUGGACGGCAUAGGGUUUGGUGCUGACGAGAGAGCCAAGAUACGUGAUCUUUUACUCUACUAGAGUACCAGGAUUAUAGUGUAGGAGCCUCAUCACAUCACACAUAUAAGGAAAGAAUCAUGUGUUCAUCUUGAGAUGUUAUAGUCUAUUUCUUUCUGAAGCGACCUUGUAGCCAGCAUCUAUACAUCUUGAGUUUUGAGGCUCUGUUGACGAGCAAUCGUCGAUCAACACCAAGCUUCUCCACCUCGAACAGGGGUAUCUUUGUCUUGAUCUCCUCUAUGUGUGAGUUUUGAGCAGCAUCUGUACCAUUCUCGGCCUCAGCUGUCGAGUCGGCAGUGGCAGGUUCUAGGGUAGCCCUAACAUCCUCGUUGGUCAUCUUGCCAGUCCAGAUAUCGGCGAGCUGAUCCCUGUCAAAGAAAUAAACACGUGUGCCGUCGCCUCGGAUGUAAAAGUUUUCGUCCAGGUAUCGACCCUUGCGGAACCGGACCUGGGCCAGAUCUCCUCUUCCAUAGUCUCGGAAGCAGACCAGGCCUCCCGGCUUGAGUACUCGGUGGACGUUGUGAACAGCCUUGGCCCAUUGAUCAGGCGACAAAGCAGAGAAGAUGAAAAUCAACACGGCUACAUCUACGGAGCCUUCCUCGAGUCCAGGUGGCAAGUCAUCACUGGUGACGUCCCAUACGUCAGCCUGGAUAAACUCAGGGUUGUACGCUUCAUUCUUGCGAAUGACCUCUACGGCUGUCUUUGAGUAGUCGCAGGCAUGGAUCUUCAGUUGCGGGUUCUUAUUCUCGGCCAAGACAGGGAAGGCCGUAUUACCGGCUCCAGCACCAAUCUCCAAGAUGACCUUAGGACCGGCAUCUUCCUUGGUUACCUCGGCCAGAACAGGGAAUUCCUGUUGGAGCCAUUUGCGAUUCUUGAAAAAGUUGGCGGCAUUGUUCUUGUAGAACAAAUUCCACCAUCUAGCAGGGUCCUGACUGAAUUUUCCUGGGUUGUCAUGUUAGCAACUCUUCAAUGUUUAGGAUUGUGAGAAGAAAUGUGUGGAUAUGAUGUAAAUCAGAUGGGAGCGAAAGAAUAAGAAGGUAUAGUUUGUCUUCAGUAGAUUCAGAUGAACUAUGCAUUGGUUGUGUAUCAUCAGGACACCAGGAGGAAAAGGCACGCUGUGUGGAGUUUUGGGUGGUUGACUUACUCUUUUCAAAGUCCGAGACAGGAUGUUGACGCUGCUUCGCGUACUGCUCCUCAGCAUACUCCUUGUACGCAUCGUCAGUCUCAACGUGGUCCCAGGCAUUGAACUCGAAGACAUCGUCUCCUUCAUUCAAAUACCGGCUACCGAACUGGAAGGGAUCACUCCGCUUCAAGUUGUUGGUAGGGUCAUGCGAUCGAUGAGGCGGCACCUCAGCAGCCUCAGUCUCGGGUACGGCAGCUUCGGUGACGGCCUCGGUGACCGGAUCCUUGACGUCCAACGCGGCCAUGUCCUGGACAGGAAUCGACUCGAGUAUCGGGCUCGCGACGGCCUCGCCACUUGGCGCUGAAGACGCCAUCUUGGACUCGUGAUGUCCUUGAAGCAUGCACUCGCAGGCGCAAGCAGUGUGCUUUUUACGGCACAAGUAGUUGACACUGCGGAAGUGAGGAAGAAGGAUGCUCGAGGUUCAAGAAAAAUUUCUGUGGAGAGAUUGAUUUUGUCUUGGAAUAUUUGAGUGUGGGGCGGAGUUUAUCCAAUUAGAAGACCUAACGAUUUCUAUCGGACUAUUAGAUAACCCGUAGCCCAAAAGCUUCUGACAAGCAGC